AUGGCGCCUGGCUUCCUGGGGUGCCUCCUGCUGCUGGCGGCCGCGUGCCGCUGCCCAGCAGUGGCGGCGCUGCGCGACGGGCAAGCCACCACUCCGCCCAUGGGCUUCAACACCUGGAACGCAUUCGGCGCCAGGAUUAAUGAGGACCUCAUCCGCGACGCCGCUGACCGGAUAGUGGAGCUGGGGCUGCGGGAUGCCGGCUACACGUUCCUGGUGCUGGAUGACGGCUGGAGCGACGUGGAGCGCACCGGGGAUGGCAGGCUACAGGGAGACCGAGAGCGCUUCUCCUCAGGCGCGCCGCUGCUGCUGCUGCUGCUGCGCAUCAAGGCACUGGCCGACUAUGUGCGCGGCAAGGGCCUGAGGCUGGGCAUUUACAGCGACAGCGGGCACUUUACUUGCCAGGGCUUCCCCGGAUCGCGCGACCACGAAAGGGAGGAUGCCCAGAGCUUUGCAGAUUGGGGGGUGGACUAUCUCAAAUACGACAACUGCUUCGUCCAUGAUGACCUGCUUGGGCGCUUCGUCGCGAUGAGGGACGCCCUGAACGCCACCGGCCGCCCCUUUGUCUACUCGCUCAGCGAGUGGGGCAUUGGCGACCCCUGGGUGUGGGGCCCACAGGUGGCUCACGCCUGGCGCACCACCUUUGAUAGCCACCCCAGCUGGCCCUCCAUCAUGCUCAACCUGGAUGAGUCGGUGGCCCUGGCGCGGUACGCGGGGCCGGGGGCCUGGAACGACCUGGACCUGCUGGAGGUGGGUCCCACCGGCUCCCCCAACGCCCGCAGCUACCUGAGCCACCAGGAGGAGCAGGCCCACUUUGCGCUGUGGGCGCUGCUCAAGUCGCCGCUCUUCGUCGCCGCAAACCUGCGCCAGCUGUCACCUGUCACGCUGGCCAUCCUCAAGACCCACGAGGUCAUUGCAGUCAACCAGGACGAGCUGGGGGUGCCUGGGGACCUGGUGUAUGCCGCGCCCCUGGCAGACGGCGGCCGGGCGGUGGUGCUGCUCAACAGGCACAGCCAGUACCAGGCCUCCAACCUCACGCUGCGCUGGCAGCUGGUGGGAUACCCGCCCGACACGCGGGUGGUUGCCAGGGACCUUUUCCAAGAGCGGGACAUAGGGCAGUACGCGGGCUCCCUCACCGCAGAGGUGCAUGUGCACGGCGUGGUGGCGCUUCGCCUCACGCCGGUGGCCCCCGACCCCAGCCACAGCCAGUGGCGGCCCUGGCACGGCGUGCCCAUGUUUGAGCGCCACCAGGAGGACGAGGAGUGGAUCCCGCCGCUGGGCAGCGAGGGCAGGGAGGUGCAAGCCGGCAGCUGA